AUACAGUAUCACUACAGAACUAUUGCAUUAUCCACGCGUGAGCAAACUGCGUGAAUCGUCACCGACUGUUUCCCAGCCCUCGCCUGACGUCACGGCUGCAGAGAACGCGUUUCUGCGAGCUAGCCGCAGGUGGGACCGAUACAGAGCGCAGCUUCUUCGCUCAGACGCGUUCGCAUUGCCGCAACUCGGGCGGUACGUGCAGUGUGCGAUUUACACCGUGUACCGAGACAGACAGAGAGGACAACAUAAACCAUGGGCAAACUGCAGCAUUUCGAUAUCACUUUUAACAACAACAAAGUGGUCUAUGGCCCCGGGGAGUCGAUUUCAGGAACUGUGACGAUUUUUCUCAAUAACCCUUUGCCGUUUAAAGUCAUUAAAGUGAACUGCGGGGGAUUGUGUGGCGUCUCGAGCAAGAUGAACGACACCACGUGGACAGUGGAGGAACCCUACUUCAACAGCACACUGACACUGGCAGAUAAAGGCACUCUUCCUGCAGGGGAGCACACCUACACGUUCCAGUUUCUACUACCAGUCUCUGCCCCGACCUCGUUCGAAGGCUCGUUUGGGAAGAUCACGUACCGCAUGAGAGCGGUGAUUGACACGCCUCGCUUCGCAAAGGACUACAAGGUCCAGAAGCCCUUCUACCUGCUGAGCCUGCUCAACCUCAACGAGGUCCCUGAUAUCGAGCAGCCCAGCACAGCCACCACCACGAAGAAGUUCAGCUACCUGCUGGUGAAGACGGGCACGGUGACACUGACAGCGAGCAGCGACCUGCGAGGGUACACCCCGGGACAGGUGAUCAAGCUCUCCAUGGAGCUGUACAACAAGUCAGGCAAGGACACGGGCAGCAUCAUCGCCAGCCUCAUCCAGAAAGUGACGUACAAGUCGAAGCGGGCGAUCUACGACCUGCGCACCAUCGCGGAGGUGGAGGGGGCGGGGGUGAAGGGUGGGAAGAACGCAGAGUGGAAGGAGCAGAUCAUCGUGCCCCCCCUGCCCCAGUCCGAUCUGAGGGGCUGCACCCUCAUUGAGAUCGACUACUUCAUCCAGGUUUCUUUGAAGUAUCCGGAGGUGCAGGUGACAUUACCCAUCUACAUCGGGAACAUCUCCAUCAACAGCCCCCCCAUCACCCCCUCCCGACCCCCCAGGCCUGCCCCCCCGGUCCACCACAGCGUGACCCCCAGCGCCCCCCCUGUGGAGGACGACCUGGCCAGCGGGAUGGACAGCGAGGCGAUCCCCACCAAGAGCCACUCCCAGCAGCAAUCCUACGGAGACCAGCCCCUGCCCGCCUUCUCCCCCACAUCCUUCAGCUACGCCCCGGGCCUCAGCUUCCCCGAGCACUCUCAGUCAGACCCCAGCGGGACCUCCACUGGGCCCCUCUUCUGCGUCUCCACGGGGAACACCAUCCCGUAUUUCACCGAGGGAGCCGCGGCCCCCGUCCCGACAGCCUGUCCCCUCAUCCUGCCUCCUGAGUACAGCACCUGGGGUCACCCCUACGAGUCUCCUCCGUCCUACGAAGACAGCUGCAGCAGCAGCACUGAUGGGAGGUAGAGCCGGAGAGGGAUCUGUCUGUCUGCUCCUGCACUGCACACAGUGACACAGCAGCCUGCCUGCCUCCCCAUCGAGGCAUUUUAUACAUUCUGUAUCUUUUUACUGUUCUUGGAAAAGGGAUCGCUGUUUCUCCCUGUCCUGCGAAUAAACAUUUUAUCAGAAGAGAGAGAGAGGAGAAACUAUUGUAAUAAUAAUAAUAAUAAUGAUGAUGAUCUCUGUUUCUUGGAUGAUUCUACUUGGGCUCCAGUCCUUGGAUAGUUUUCAGUGCUGUAUACCUAGAUAAACCGUGUUCAGCACAAACCGGGACCCGAGAUUUUAUACUUCGAUUCCUUUCUAGUUGUAUUUGUUUGUUGAAUACUAGCAUCUGUGAUGCCUUAAACUGAAAUACUACUGACUCUCCGUCGCGUCUCCUUUUUUAUAUCGCUACCAAAGCUGGCCUUUUACAAACGCAAACGUGCUAAAACAAAAUUUAAAAUUCACUCCUAUAACCAAAAAAAGAAAACGGGGGGGGCUGUCAAAACACAGACGUCAAAUGAGAACUCCUGGGUCCGAGCUGCAGAAUAUUCAAACGACACGGAUUACAGAACACAACGAGCCUUAAACUACGGGAGGAAAGCAGACGUUCAGACGAGGGGGGCGACUGCAAACACAGCGGCUGUGUAAAAUGUGCUGUAGAACGAGGAAUGGAAAGGGUUAAACUGAAUCAAUGUACACUAAUAUCUAGCACUGACCCAUUCAUUACUAGCACAGCACUGGUCUCGCAGCUCCUGGGUACUGCUAGUAUGCAAAAUACCAGAAUGGCAUACAGUAUAACAUCUCCACAGCCUGAGCUCCACGUCUUGUAUUCAAAAAGCAUUGGCCAUUCGUAAUACUGCAGCGCUGAGCUGCUGUCCCAUCCUCCUCCUUGAGUAAUGGGGUUCAUUGGAAAUCCUGGAGCAGCGCUGAGCUGCUGUCCCAUCCUCCUCCUUGAGUAAUGGGGUUCAUUGGAAAUCCUGGAGCAGCGCUGAGCUGCUGUCCCAUCCUCCUCCUUGAGUAAUGGGGUUCAUUGGAAAUCCUGGAGCAGCGCUGAGCUGCUGUCCCAUCCUCCUCCUUGAGUAAUGGGGUUCAUUGGAAAUCCUGGAGCAGCACUGAGCUACUGUCCCAUCCUCCUCCUUGAGUAAUGGGGUUCAUUGGAAAUCCUGGAGCAGCACUGAGCUACUGUCCCAUCCUCCUCCUUGAGUAAUGGGGUUCAUUGGAAAUCCUGGAGCAGCGCUGAGCUGCUGUCCCAUCCUCCUCCUUGAGCUGCCCACACUAAUGCCUUACUUAGGUGAUUGUGGUUCUUUUGUGUGUGUUUUUUGUUCUAUAAAAAGGGAAGCGAAAGGUCAAAUUGAUUUGUUCUAAAGGUUAUCGCAGCACAAGUGUCUCAAGGGACUGCAAGGUGUUUAUGGUGGAGAAGAGACGUUGACUACGAGACACACUGAUGCACUUUGGACGACUGUGUGUAAGGCAUUAGGGGUAAAAUGAAUAUGCAGAUAUUCACAUAUUAAUAUUCAUGAAUCAGGCUAUGCGCACCGCACAGUCAAGGGUUAAAUCAGCUCCUGUGAUUUAAUGCAGUAUUUAAAGUGGCAUUAACUGCUCUGCAAUCCAAACUAUGCAACUGCACGGUACCUGCCGUUGUCUUUAGGCUUGUGUGCUUUUCAUUUCCAAAUUUGAUCAGAACUGUUCUGGCAGAUCCACCAUGCAAUCAUUAUUCUAUCAAUAAGAAGAUCUAUUGAUCCGAACUAGUUAAAGGUAUUGAGAAAUCUCUGUGUUCUGACGUUACUUGGCGAUAGGGGGGGGGGGGGGGGCAGUGUUUUAUUUCUUGGCUUUAGAACAGAAGGAGAAUUCUGUAUUUGUGAGCCUGUAUCUGACUGGGAAUUCACUCUGUUGUCUUGCAUAGAACACUGAGAGUGACUGGGGAAAAUUCCAAAGUGGAGGUGCAGAGAGAGAGAGAGAGAGAGAGAGGUGAUAUUAAGAUUGUAUUUGUCAUUAAUAGCUGAAAGUGGGCUCAAUGAAAUGAUUUAAUCUGUGUGAGCAGUCUCUAGUCUAGACCUGUCUUAACCUGUGGACUGCUCAGAAACUGUGCAGAGCAGUCCAAGCAGUGCAGAAGCAGCAGGCAUCAGUCCUCGCAGUGUGCUGUAUUCGGUCAGUCUGCUUUUACUUGAAACCAGGGAAUUUUAAAUUUAACUGCAUUUAAAAAAAAAACCACAUACUUCAGUUAAUUUACAUAUAAAAUGCAUCAGGGUCUAGGUGCAGGGAGAAAACAUGUCUAGCGAUGCUGGUCCGCUAGAGUAGUGACCAGUGAAACUAACAAGGCUGCAUAAGCUGCUGGGUCCACACAAGCACCCUGCUUUCUCUGGUUAAAAUGAAGAACCUGCAAUCUUGAAUACCUCGUUAGUUUGUGGGUCCAACGGGGGGUACCCUGAUUAUUUCUUAAAGGCAUAUUUCAGACAUUUAUAAGAGCAACUACCUAUUCGACAGCUUCACUGAAUAACUGAAUGCAUGAGAGGGAGAGUGUGUGUGUGUGUGUGUGUGUCUCACUCUGUGUGUGUGUGUGUGUACAAAUAUGAAAAAUUAUUAUAUAAAUCUUAAACUAUCCAAAUGAAAGAAUGAAGGCUUUUUUUUUUUCUUUGGUGAACUUGUCUUUUUGUAAUCUAUCCGUAAGGGACAGUAAAUCAUAUAAAACUGGAAGCAAUGUCUAAAUAAAACUGCUACACACGGACCUGUUUUUAAAAUUAUUUUCAGUUGUCUAUUUAUAGCGUUUUUGUCUUUUUUUUGCACAAAAAAGGUUCUACAGCUUUAUUAACUACUGUUUUGUUUUUCUACUAUUUUUUACAAUGUUUCUACUCCAGAUUAUUCUUAUUUUAUUUGUAUUUUAUUUUUGGACAGUUUGCCAUGUACAUGUGUGACUGCAAUCAAUCUGUUUUCUGUAUUUAACCACUGAUUUCAAAAUAGCACCUUAGAGUUUUAAUGUUACAUAUUUUAAAGUGUUACAUAAUCAUUAUUGUAAUAGGUACUAAUAAAAAAUAAAUUCUCA